UUGGGAAAGCUUCUUGGAGAAGCUAGAGGGAUGUAUAUGUGUUUUUGUAUAUAUCAUUUUGCCUUGAAAUGAAAUGAAGUAACUUCCCCCUCUGCUCUUCCAUGGUUGAAGGAGAUUUGUGAUAUGGGAGUUGGAAAUAUGGUAUGAGAUAUGGAGCUUUAGGUUUUAAUAUCUACAGUGGUAUCAGAGCAUUCUUCUAUAAGGGACCUACGAGUUGAUUUCAAGAAUUGGGGUUUGAAGAGAGAUGGCUGCAGCAAAUCCUUCAGGUACGGGUCCUCCUAUAUUUGAUGGAGAAAAUUAUUUUAUAUGGGCUAUAAAGAUGAAGACAUAUUUAGAGGCUUAAGUUUAUGGGAUGUUUUUGAAAAUGAAAGAGAGCCUGUUCCACUGAGACAAGAUCUAACCAUAGCUCAAAUGAAGUUUCACGAAGAAGAGAAGGCAAGAAACCAAAGGCUUUAUCAUGCAUCUAUUCAGCUGUGACAGAGUCAGUGUUCACAAGGAUAAUGACUUGCAAGUCCUAAAGAAGCUUGGGACAAAAUGAAGAAUGAGUUUGAAAGGAAUGAAAGAGUAAAAUCUGUGAAAGUUUUAACUCUCAGUAGGAAACUUGAGUUGUUAAAAAUGAAAGAGUGAAUCUGUUAAAGAAUACUCUUCCAAGCUUGUUGAUCUUGUAAAUAGAAUGAGGAUUUUGGGAGAAGAUGUUAGUGAUCAAAAGCUGGUUGAGAAGAUGCUAAUAAGUUUGCCAUCACGAUUUGAAGCUAAAGUGGAUGUUAUUGAAGAGACAUGUGAUUUGAAAACUCUAUCGGUGGCUGAACUUGUUAGCAAAUUACAAGCUCUAGAGCAAAGGGAAAGUUUGCGAGAUGAGGACACGAGUGAAGGGGCUUUCCAAGUUAAGCAAAAGUGGAAGAAGGAUAAGAAACACUGGAGAAGCAUACCGAGCUGAAAUCAAAUGUAAGUAAGGAAAAAGAAAGUCCAAGGGGGGCUGAUAAAAGAGGCCAAUAUCCUUCUUGUAGGUAUUGUGCAAGAACAAAUCAUCUUGAGAAAGAUUGUUGGUUUAAAGGGAAAAUAGCAAUUCAGGGUUGGUUUUGUAAGAAGCAUGGGCAUGUGGAAAGAAGUUGUAAAGCUAAGCAACAACAACAAAAGCAACAACAACGGCUAAAUCCACCACAGCCUGCUCAACAUGCUAAUAUUGUGGAAGAGGGGGAAGAUGAAGGAGAAGCUAACCUUUUUAUGGUCACUCAUAAUGUCAGUAAAUCAAACAAAUAUAUUUGGUUUAUUGAUAGUGGGUGUACCUCACACAUGUCAAGAGAUUAGCGCUUAUUUGUUAAACUUGAUAGAUCUAUAAAGACCAAAGUGAAGAUUUGUAAUGGUGAGAUGUUACAAGCCAAAGGAAAAUGAGACAUAGAGGUGAAGAAAAAAAAAGUGUUUGCCAACUUGGAAAGCAACAUGGAAGCAAGAUACCCAAGUCAGGAGCAUGGAAAGCUGAAAGGAAACUACAACUUGUUCACUCAGAUGUUUGUUGUCCUAUGAAAAAUGAAUCAUGCAAUGGAAAUCAAUAUUUUGUGUUGUUCAUAGAUGACUUGCAAGAAUGACUUAGAUAUACUUCAUGAAGCAAAAAUCCCAAGUGUUUGAAGUGUUCAAAAGAUUUAAAGUGAUGCUUGAAAAUCGAAAUGGCUGUCAGUUGUUAGGCAUUUAAACCGAUAAUGGGACGUAGUAUAAUUCAAGCGCUUUCAACAUUUUUUUUCCAUGAUAAUGGCAUUGAUCAUAAGCUCACAACACCAUAUUCUCCUAAAUAGAAUGGAGUAGUGGAGAGGAGAAAUCAAACUAUUUUUGAAAUGGUGAGAUACAUGCUACUUGAGUUGAAGUUUCCGAAUAAGUUUUGGGCAGAGGCUGCCUCUACUGCUGUCUACCUUCAAAAUAGAUGCUAUACUUCUUCACUAAGAGAUACUACAAUUGAGAGUUGGAGUGGAAGAAAACCAUCUGCAAAGCAUUUAAAAGUUAUUGGAUGCAUGUGUUAUGUGCAUGUUCCAGCUGCUAAAAGAAGCAAAUUGGAGCAGAAAUCACAGCCUGAAAUUUUUCUUACUUAUGCUUUAAGAACCAAAGGUUACCGGGGUUUAUGAUUUGAAGACAAAGAUAGGGAAAAUCAGUCGAGAUGUUGCUGAAAGCUAUUGGAAUUGGGAGUUGCAACAGAUAGAAAGACUGAAGGAACUUGGAGAGAACACAUCAAAUGUUGAUAUUACUAGUUCUACAUUUGAAAUCACUGAUGAUGAUUUAGAUGAAAAUGAAAGCCGAAAAAUGAAAAGCUUGCAAGUGAUAUACGAGAAAUGCAACUUUGCAAUUGAGCCUACAAGCUUUGAAGAAGCUGUGAAGAAUGAAGAUUGGGUUCAAGCAAUGAAAAAUGAGAUUAAUAUGAUUAUAAAAAAUGAAACUUGGGAAUUGGUUACUAAACCAAAAGCAAGGAAUUGAAAGCAAGACUGGUUGUUAAAAGGAUUUGCAUAAGAAACUGGAAUUGAUUAUGGAGAGACUUUUGCCCCCUGUGGCAAGAUUUGAUACCAUUCGAUUACUUAUUGCUUUGGCUGCAAAAGAUGGAUGGGAAUUGUUUCAUUUGGAUGUCAAAUCUGCAUUUCUUAAUGGGCGAAUUGCAAGAAAAAAUUUCUGUUGAACAACCACAAGGAUUCAAAGUUACAGAUAAUGAAGAUCUUGUUCUUAAAUUGAACAAAGCUUUGUACGGAUUAAAACAAGCUCCAAGAGCUUGGUACAAGAAGGUUGAUGAAUUCUUGCAACAAUGGGGAUUUCUCAAAAGCCAUAAUGAUGCUACUUUGUAUAUUAAGAAAGAAAAACAAGAUAAUAUUCUCAUUGUAUCGAUUUACGUUGAUGAUUUGUUGGUAACCGGCAGUGAUGAAAUACAAGUGGCUGAAUUCAAGAAAGAAAUGAAAAGGGCAUUUGAGAUGUCUGAUUUGGGUGAAUUGAAUUAUUUUCUUGGAAUGGAAGUUCUGAAAUUGAAAUAUGAAAUUUUCAUUAGCCAAAAGAAACAUGCUACAGAUUUGUUGAAGCGGUUUUAGAUGUGGAGGAGCAAACCAGUUGAUACCCCUCUUGUUGUUAAUGAGAAACUUUCAAAGGAUGAUGGAGGUGAUAUGGUCAAUGCGUCUAUAUACCGCAGUCUAGUGGGAAGGUUAAUGUACUUGACAACACUAGACCCGAUUUCAUGUAUUCUACAAGGUUGUUGUCAAGGUUUAUGCAUUCACCUAGACAAGUGCAUUUGAGUGUUGCAAAGAGAGUUCUAAGAUAUCUAAAAGGAACGGUUGAUUAUGGAAUUUUCUAUGCAUCUGAUCAGGGACAACAAUUGAUGGGAUUUUCCGAUUCAUAUUGGGCAGAGAGUGUAGAUGACCUGAAAAGUACAUCAGGUUAUGUUUUCACUUUUGGUUCUGGAGUAUUUACUUGGAGUUCGAUAAAGCAGGAUGUGGUUGCCUAAUCCUCAGCUGAAUCAGAGUAUAUAGCGGAAGCCAAUGCUACAAAUCAUAUGAGAUGGUUAACUAAAAUAUUGAAAGAGUUGGGCAUGGAGCAAGGAGGAGUUGUCAAGCUGUUUGUAGAUAACAAAUCAGCCAUUACUAUGUCAAAGAAUCCUGUUUUUCAUGGUAGAACUAAGCACAUUUGUGUUAAGUUUCAUUCAAUUCAUGAAGUUGAAGCUAAUGGUGAAGAGUGUGGUUUAUUGUCGAUUUGAAGAUCAAUUGGCUGAUAUGAUGACAAAGGGACUCCAACGCAACAGAGUGAUAUGGCAAUGAAUGCAAAGUCUCAUAUGCUACAAGACAGGUCUUCAUCUUCGACAGAUUCCUCUGGCUGUCGGCCAAGUGGUAGUGGGACUGGAGCAGUACUAGGCUCUUCAUCUCAACCAAAAGAAGGGAAGCUAACAAGAAAAAAUUUGGGGAUGCAUAAGUCAUUACUUGCAACAGAAGCUAUAGUUCCUAAUGGCACGCAAGUGUGGUAUAUCGUCAAUAGGAGGAAAUUCCUGGAAGGCUCAACACAAGAUGGUGGGAUUUUGUGCAGUUGUUGUAAUUUGGUGGUUACGCACUCACGAUUCGAGGAGCAUGCCGGUUUUAGUCUCCGGAAAAAGGCGUUUAUGGGAAUAUAUACCAAAGAAAAUGUAUCCCUCCAUGAUAUAUGCGUUGAAUAUAUGAAAACUCAAGGAACGGUUCAGAAAGAAUGUGAUACUAUUUGUUGCAUAUGCCAUGGCGGUGGAGAUCUAUUAUCCUGCAAAAGUUGUCCUCGAGGGUUUCACUUAGAUUGUGUUGAACUACCGAGUAUUCCCGAGGAUAAAUGGCAUUGUAGAUAUUGUGAAAAUAGUUUUGGAAUGCGAAAAGAUGGGGUGAGUCGUGUCUAUACAGUUGCUACUCAAAAAUAUCUUGCCACCAGUAAUAAAGAAGGAAAAACACUGGAGAGCGGUAGUAGCAAGGAAGUGUGUGAGGAUGAGCUUUAUUCAUGUGCCAUUUGCAGGGGGCAUGAUUUCGUCAAGAAAGGAUUCACAGACCUGACAGUUAUUAUUUGCGAGCAGUGUGAGAAAGAAUUCCAUGUCGGUUGUCUGAGAAAGGACAGGAAUGAUGAUCUUAAGGAAUUUCCAAAAGACAAAUGGUUCUGUUGUAUGAGUUGCAGUGGUCUUCACUCAAAACUUGAGAACUUAGCUGGGGACAAAGCUCAAAAGCUUCCUCCCGCCAGUUUAGACAUUCUGAGGAGGAAAUCAGAACAGAAAGGAAAGGUGGCUGUAAAAUGGAGUCUUCUUUCCGGAAGCAAUUGUUCUGGAAAAGCGAAAGAAAGGCUUUCCAAUGUUGUUACGCUACUACAUGAGCAAUUCGGUGAAAUAAAACUUAUUGGCAAGGGAAUUGAUCUUGUUCCAGAAAUGGUUUACGGGAAGAGUGUCGAUUACCUCGAUUUCUUUGGGAUGCACUGCAUUGUAUUGACGGUCAAAUCAAAUAUUGUUUGCGCCGGAAUAAUUCGGAUAUUUGGAGAGGACAUUGCAGAGCUUCCGCUGAUUGCAACCAAGGAUGAGGAGAAGAAUAAGGGAUACUGCUCGGUGCUCUUUUCUUGCAUCGAGCAUCUUUUAUCGAAGUUAAAUGUGGAAAGGAUUCUUCUUCCAGCUAUUAGUGAUGCUAAAUCCAUGUGGAUGGAUAGAUAUGGGUUCGAAGUAGUUACUCCGGAACAGUUAGAGAAAUACUUGAAUAACCAUCAAAAGUUAUUGAUGUUGGAAAAUACUACAGUUCUGCAUAAAUCAAUUACCCAGUCCUGAAGAAGCUCGGAGCCCACGUUAUAUUGGGGAAAUUGUGUAAAGUAAUUUGAUGAUAUCCAAGAUGAUAGAAGCACAGAGAAAUGAAGAACCAAAACCCGAAUGAUAAUUAUGUGUCUAAAUUAUAUAUUAUGGCCUCAUUUGGAUUGACUUUUGUUUCUUAUACAUGUUUGUAUUAACUUCUGUACAAAAGCAAAAAUAUCUUUUGCAGAUGAAAUGUUCUUUAUUCA